AUGGCGGACAACGAAGAGAACAAUGUACCACAUCCAGAUCCGGUAGUCCAACAACUCCAAUUACAACUUGCAGAUGUGGUGAAACAGCUGAAAGAAAAAGAGGAACAACAAGCCACAGUGCCAGUGCAAAACAUGUACGCUUACAGAGAGGUAGAGGACCCACCAAUUGGAAACGAUGGGAUUGAUGCCAAUCAUUUUGAGCUCAAACCAGGAUUGCUAAAUAUGGCUGAGGCUAAUGCUUUUGCGGGGAAGACCAAUGAAGAUCCCAACAAGCAUCUUACUAAGUUUAUUCAGAUCAGUAACACGGUGAAACUUAAUGGGGUGAGAGAUGAACAAAUCAGACUAAGGCUAUUCCCAUUUUCCUUGAGAGAUGAUGCUAGAGACUGGUACGACAGCAUGGGGUCAGGAUCUGUUAAAACGUGGGAUGCCAUGGUAGACUUAUUUUUGGAGAAGUAUUUCCCACCCAGUGAAGUUCUAAAGAGGCAAGCAGAGAUAAUUCAGUUCCAGAUGAAGCCUCAUGAGACAAUCCGAGAAGCAUGGGCUAGAUUCAAGACACUGCUGAAAAGAUGCCCCAAACAUGGUCCAAGUCCGGGACACCAAGUCGUAACUUUUUAUAGGGGGUGUACUCCAGAUGCAAUGCGUGAACUGAAUUGGAGCGCAGGAGGAGCACUCCUUCAAUUAGGAGAGAAUGAUGCCAUGCAAGUGAUUGAGAGAGUAGCUUCCACUGAUGAAGGAUGGAAUAAUGAAAGAAACAAGUCAUACAGGGUGUCCUCUGUUAUAGAAGAUGAUAGAAUAGACAAAAUGUCGAAGCAGCUAGAUCUGUUGACCACUCAAUUGGGGAUCAUGGAGAUGAGACAGCCUGAACCAGAACUGCAAGGAAGAGUUGAUGAUGUGAACUAUGUGCACCAAGGAGGGAACAACAUGAACUUCAACAACUAUCGCCCCAACCAAGGGGGUGGUAACUAUAACCACUAUGGUAACAAGGUGCAUCCCAAUCUCUCCUAUGGGAAUCCUAACAAUGUUUUACAACCACCACCGGGAUUCACAGUAGCUAAUGGAAUGGUCGAUGAGCAGAAGAAGCCUACUACAGAAGAUAUCUUGGCAGCAUUCAUGAUUCAGACUACCAAGUACAUGGAGAAAACUGACAAGUAUAUGGAGAUUACUAAUCAAAGGCUGGGAAAAGUUGAGAAUGACGUGCAAAGCUUGAAUGUACACAUGAAGAGCAUUGAUACUCAGAUUAGUAAAAUUUCUCAAGCUGUAGGUGUCCAACAUCAGCCAGGGCAAUUUCCAGCACAGACCAUAAACAAUCCCAAAGAUUGCAAGGCCAUACACUUGAGAGGUGGUAAAAGCUAUGAAGGACCUUCCAUGCCUGUAGAGGAAAAGAAGAGUACUCCAGAGGAAGAUGUCAGAGCAGAAGAGAAUUCCAAGGGAAAGAAUAAGGUGGACAUUCAGACCAAGAAAGACGCAAGUGCCAGAAAAGCUGCCCCCUCCCUCCAUUCCUACGACAGUUAG